AAAGCUGCGGAUGAGGCAAUAUGACUCAUGCGCUUCCUAUGUUGCCCCCAAGCGGCGGUACAUAGGAGGUGCGGGGAUGCAGAAGUGCCGCAUGCGUGUGGAGACAGCGCUUGGCCCCAUCGCCGCCAGCUGGGAGAGGGAUGGCGUAACCCUAGCCAGAGACAUGAUGACUGAUGUGAACGGGAGGCCGCAGGCAAACGUACUUCUCAUCAACGACAGUGGGGCAGUGUUUGUGGAGUCGAUCGAUACGAACAUGGAGUUCAAAACGGGCGGAUACAUCGCGAGCACCCUCCGCCCGAUCGUGCAGUGCGUGGGCCCGGAAAACAUUGUUGCGUUCUGCACCGACAGCGGCAGCAAUUACGGCGCGGCGUGCAAGGAAUUGAUGGCAGAAUUUCCCCACAUUGAGAAGGUCCCGUGCGCCACGCAUGUUUUGGACCUCCUCAUGGAGGACAUUGGGAAGAUGGCGUGGGCGCGGGCAGUGGUGGAGAAGGCGGAUUACAUCAUCGCCUUCGUCCGCAAGCAUCAGUUCACGCGGAACUUCAUGCGCAACUGCAAGGCAAUCGCUGACCGUGAGUUGGUGAAGGCGGGAGAGAUGGACAUGGUGCGGUGGUGGAAUUGGCACGGCACCGACCAUCCUGCCCUCACCGCCCUCGCUUGCCGUGUCCUCUCACAGGCCGUCUCUGCAGCCGCAUGCGAGCGCAAUUGGGCGGUGUGGGACUCAGUCCACACCACCAAGAGCAACCGCUUGGGGUUGGAGAAGUGCCGGGAUUUGGUGUACGUGGCCCACAACUGGCAUGUGGUCCACAACUGGUACAAGAAGGAGGAGGGGCUUGGGGUUGUUGCUGGGAACAUCCCCGAGCCCCCCAUGCCGGAGGGAUACAAUGUGCUGGAGGAGGAGGCGGAGGAGGGGGAAGAUGAUGUGCUGGAGGAUGAGUAUGAGUAGGAUAGAUGUACGAGGUCGGAUGGAGG